GUCCGGUUUCCGGUCCCCGGCAAGCUACGAGAGAUAUCUCUCGGAUGUGCGAUCGUAUCCGAGCGUGAUGCUGGAGGGGUUGGCUUGCUCUCUUCUCCCGUUUAUCCUCUGGUAUGGGGAUAACUGGAGCUUCGAUUAAGUCAAGUGGAUCGUAGCAGGGCGUAGCAGUGUGCCGGUUAAUCCCGGAGUGCGUAGAACAAGAGAUCCUCUGCACGAAGAGAGGCGAGUCCGGUCGAAAGGAACCCGAAAAACUCCGGAAGAAACGGACGCACAAAAUAACAUAUACAUAUACGUGCAAGCUUAGCUUCGCGGGGAUAAGAAUUGCGGUGAAUAAAAACGGGAAAACAAAUUGAAAGGAUAAUAAAAACGGAACGUAACGCGAACGAACUAGAAGAAAAAACAAACAAACAAACAAACAAACAAACAUAUAACACAGAUAAUACGUAUACGCUCGUACACGAGGGAUUGAAAUAAGACAAAAAAAAAAAGGAAAAGGAAAAGAAAAGUGGAACACCAAGUGAAGGAAAAUCUCUGGAGGAUCAAAGACACGAGCCGGGCGUUAUUCUUCGAGGGAAGAAACUCAUUCAUGUGUUAACGUUACAGCGAGAUAUGCGGCUGUUUUAUUCGGUUGCCGUCGUCGCCUGGGCCACCAGCUGCCUGGGCACACCGCCACCAGGAUACGUCAAAAAGCCGGAUAACGACAAGGAUCCCCCGGCCUACGAGUACAGGUACGAAAUCGGAGACGUCGACGGCAAGGGACACGGUAAGUCGGAAACCAGAGGCGGGGAAUUCGCGAGCGGAAGCUACUUCGUUAACACCGACCAGGCUAGCACCGACGUCAAAUACUUCGUUGACGACUGGGGAUACCAUCCAGUGGUCAAGUACGGAUCAGCCGACAAUCACAGCUCGACCACCGCCAGCCUAGCGCUUGGCGAACAUGCGGUCAAGGCGCUCAGGGACGGUGGCGAAAUCGGACGAAAGGUCGAGCUUACAAGUGAGAAGCCGGAGCGAAAGAAGGUGCAGAUCAUCCAGCCGUACUCGAUCGAGGUUGGCGAUCCAUCGGGCGUGAAUCCCGGUGAUGAGAAUCUCCCCCAGGACCCGGGGGAAGAAUCGAGGGUGUCCUCGACGGCUUCGAUCGGCUCUUUAGGACACUCGACACCGCCGGAUGAAACUGCUUAUGCGGCGUCGAGCACACCGGCGUCCUUGACGCCGAGGCCGCUGCCGUACGCACCGCUUCAGGAGGUCAGAGACAUCUACGCUAACAACGACUACCAGAACGCGGCGCUGAUUGACGAGCAAUUGUUUCUCCAAAGCGCGGCCGGAAACUUUGGACAAAAGGUACACGCCUCCUCCUCUUCUUCGGGUGGAUCCGGUGUGAUGAUUGAAUCGCGCUCGACGACCUCACGACCAGCGUCCGCGUCGCCAGCUUACUCUCUGACGAAACAAAACGGCGACGUGACCUACACCGUUCACGCCGGGUCAGACGCGAACACGGCGUUCCUCUCGGCGGCGGGAAAACCGAACAAGAAGAGCCAGAGGUUCAGAAACCGAUACCAAAACCGGCAGAAGAUUGCCACCUCCUCGACCACCGAAGUCCCCAGUUACUCCAGAGGCGAUCAGAGCCUAGUUUUUAUCUCGUCAACACCCACCGCUCCCCUCGCUGUCACCCCGGAAUUCACCAGCAAUGACCUGAACCUCGAGACCAGGGUGAAGUACGACUAUCCUCGGCCGGAGCAGACGUUCACUGAAUUUGGACCCGCCGAUCCUGGUCUCGUAAACUUCGCCGUGGCCACAAACAGUAACGGGGUACUUGGACACGAGGAGAAUCAUGAAACUGUUGAAUUUGUGCAGGAGAAGAUUGAGAACGAAGUGCAGAGGGGUGAUCAACCACCUCCACUCGACGAUGCGACCAGCUUUGUGUCAGCUGUGUUCUUCAGGAAGCCGAUUAUCGUUGCCGAGGUUACGCCGGGGUAUGAUCUUAGCUAUACCACACCCUGCAAGUGCAAUGAUCAUCCCGUCCUUCAGACGACGCCAACUCCUACGUUGUCCACCACGAUUCAGCCGGUAAUAUCGACGACUGCGAUACCGGUCACGCCAAAAUACUCGACUCAGAGCCACAUAACGACCUCGGCCGCCAUCCUGAAUCCCAUACAGGCUGGCGUGACUCUGGUUCAUGCAGGGGAGACGCAUCUUAUAACGGACCAAGUGUCACAGACGUCACAAAAUGCUGUCAAGAUAUCUGAAUCGACGCAGGUCAACACGGAGAGUACUUACAAGCAGGCUACUUUUGGCUCGGAGAAGUCACAAGAUCGAAUUAAGCUGAACCUGGAAGAGAGGAUCCAGCAGUUGCAAAAGGAGCACCAGGAACACCAACUGCGCGAAGAAAAUAGGAUACACCAGGAACGGCAGAGUCAGGUGCAGCAGCUUCAGGAGAAAAUACGGCUUCAACAAAUUCAACAAAUCCAGCAGGAACUGCAGCUGGAACAAAAUCACCUACAGAUUCAACAGGUUGAACUGGAACAGCAGCAACAGCUUGACGAUUUGCAUAAACAUGAAUUGGAACAGGAGGCACAAAGGGCGUUAGAAAAUCAGCAGCAGCAGAUUCAAUAUGAGAUUCAGCAGGUUCAACUGGAACAGCAGCAGCAGCUUGAGGAUUUGCAGAAACUUGAAUUGCAGCAAGAGGCGCAAAAGGCUUUAGAAAAUCAGCAGCAACAGAGUCAGUAUGAGAUCCAACAGAUCCAGCUGGGUGACCAGGUGCAGAUAGAGAGCGGACAGAAUCAUGAAUCGCAACUGGAGGUGCAACGUGAACUUCACAAAGAACAGCAACAAACUCAGUAUCACACUCAACAAGAACAGUUGGGGCUAAAUUUCCAGAAUGAACAAACAAGGCAGCACAAUUUAGAACAGGUUCAGCAACAAAUUCACCAGUUCCAGUUAGACCAACAACGACAAUUCGAAGAAGCGCAGAAUAAUCAGUUGCAACAAAAUCAGUUCGAGAUUCAAAAGAUUCAGCUAGAUGAGCAGGUACGGAUGGAAGGCGGUCAGAAUCAUGAAUCGCAACUGGAGGUGCAACGUGAACUUCACAAAGAACAGCAAAAGACUCAGUAUCACACUCAACAAGAACAGUUGGGGCUAAAUUUCCAGAAUGAACAAACAAGGCAGCACAAUUUAGAACAGGUUCAGCACCAGGUUCAGCAAUUUCAGUUAGAUCAACAACGACAAUUCGAAGAAGCGCAGAAGAAUCAGUUGCAGCAAAAUCAGUACGAGAUUCAGAAGAUUCAGCUGGAUGAGCAGGUGCAGAUAGAGAGCGGUCAGAAUCAUGCAUCACAACUAGAGUCGGAACGUGAACUUCACAAAAAAGAGCAUCAGACUCAGUACCAUACUCAACAAGUACAGGUGGAACAAAACUUCCAAAAUGAAGAACCACAGAAGCACAAUUUGCAGCAGUUUCAGUACCAUGGUCAGCAGCUUCAAGUGGAUCAACAACGCCAAUUCGAGGAUGCGCGGAAAUAUCAGUUGCAGUCGGAAGCAGAACGAAAGUUGAAGACCCAUCAGUCAGAAAGCAGUUAUAUUUAUCAACAUCUCGAAGGGGGUGUACGUCAGCAACAGGAAGUAGAACUGCAACAAGUUGAGGCAUCGCAGCAGGGUGAACAGCUUCCGGGCCAACAGCUUAUCACAGAUAUUCUGCAGAUACAGGAGCCGGUGAUUGAGAAGCAGUUACAUCAAGUGCACCAGCAGCAGGGUAAAGUGAACGUUCAACAAGUUCAGCAAUCGCAGCAAUUCGAGGCCCAGAAGCAGAGCCGGGUAAUAGAAAAUCAACAAGUGCACCAACUUCAGCAAUUACACCAGCAGCAGGAGCUGCAACAACAGCUGGAAGCGUAUCAGCAGCCAUUAAAUAGUUUCGUAGCCACCCAAGAACCGGGCCAGGAUCCAGAAAUUGAGAUUCAGAAGUCGAUCGAGAUAUAUCACAACGAACCCGUGCAAGAAAUACAUUAUCCAACCCAAGUACCUCAUCAAGUAGAAUCUUCCUCGAUCGAUCAGCAGCCACGGGUACAGCAGCAAUACAUCGAGCUCCAGAGUAUCAAGAAUACUCAACAAGCUUAUCGAGGCCAGAGCCAACCCGAAGAUCAGGUUUCCUUCGAAAAUAAUCACGCAUCUGAACAAGGCUACCAGAUCGGACCCAAAGAUCAUUUCCCAGUGGGGAUUGACAACCAGGCGCAACAGCUUCUGAUAGCCGAGAACCAGGCCAAACUGAAUCAAGCCUUCGAAUUGACUUCGAAUACUCUGUCCCAACAAACUGCGACCAACCACGGUGCUCUUCUACACGGUUUCACAACUCACCACGAAUCCGGAAGUCAACAGGGUUACCUCCUUCCAGAAGACGCUGUUCGGACUCAAGAACUCGAUCAGUCGGUGACGACGUUUGGAAAAGUGGGCAGCGCAGCCUAUCAACAGGACCAGUCCAACUCCCACGGUCAUUCUCACUUGUACCAGAGUAAUCGCGAACAGCAACAAGUGGCCAGUGUCAUUCCGUACACUCUUGAGCCGUCCAGAGAGUUGAUCAUUCCUGGACUUCGGACAACUACGACCGAGGUGGUGGAGAAUCCGGCGUUUGAAAAGCACGCUUUGUUGUCUGCUCAGGGGUCGGUGCAGAGUUCGGACAACUACGCGGCUCAUUCGUACGCCGUGAACUCCGCGGAACGGAUAGUCGAGAAGCAUAUUCCGGUGCCACAACCUUACCCAGUGGAGACGAUAGUCGAAAAGAAGGUUCUGUUCCCGGUCGAGGUGGAAAAGGUUGUCGAGAAGACGGUCCCCUACCCUGUUGAUAGAGUUGUGGAAAAGCAUAUACCAAUCCUGCAUCCGUACCCGGUUCACAUCAAGGUACCGCAACCGUACCCCGUAGAGAAGAUAAUCCCAAAGCCUUAUCCGGUAGAAACGAUCGUCGAAAAACCGAUCCGAGUUCACGUCCCGGUGACAACGAUAAUCGAGAAGAAGGUCCCGGUGCCACAGCCGUACCCUGUUGAGGUCGAGAAGGUGGUCGAGAAGAAGGUGCCCUACCCAGUAGAGAAGGUCGUCGAAAGGAUAGUCGAGAAGCCGGUCCAUAUCCGGGUUCCCUACGCAGUCGAGGUGCCGAGGAAUGUGCCAUACGGCGUUCGGUACGGAGUAAGCUACCAGCAGAUCAUGACGCCGCAUUCGCACAGCCUCUACGUCAGCCACGGAAAGCCGCGCACACCGUUCUACGGACUUCCGGCAUUAACUCGUCAGCACGAAUUUCGCCAUAAGGAGAACGUACUGCACGCUGAUUACGGUCAGCAGCUGGUCCAGGGAUACAGUUACACGAAACCGGGCGUCAGUUUUGUGGAGGGUGGAAACGGGCAGGACAUGCUGGCCUCCGGAAGUCAGCAGCAGACCCAUCAGUACAAGCACUCACAGCUUUCACACAGCUUCAGCAGAAAGCAUAACUCCAAGGGAAUCCCGACUCAUUAUUCUUCGAGGAGACAUGCCGUCAGGCCAGGUUCGAAGGAUAAAUCGAGAGCGGAGAAGUACAUUGGCCCGGUGCCGCCUCAGAGGCCCCAAAUUCUCACCAGGCAUCAUCAGCAUUCACUUCAAGGCCAGCAUCCCGCCCAGCCAAGAUCACCACAGGCAUCGACCGCCGCGACUAGAUCACCGACCUCAACUACGACCUUGAGAAGGUCACGGGAGCAAGAAAAUAAACGUAACGAAAACACUGGAAACUUCAGACAGUCCAGGGUGGAGUAUGGCUUCAAACCGCCAAUGAUACCCUCGGUUCAGUACGACGAGAAGACUGCAUCCAAGGUCGAGAGUUGAUUCGGUAUACCUUGAGACGGGAGGAAAACGCAAAAACAUACAUUAUGAAGAUAAAGCCAUUAACUUAUUGUCCCACAUUCACACUAGAUCUUAAAUUAUCGUUAGUAUCACUGUAUGUCAUAGGUCGUUCACCAGACGUAAGAUAAUUAAUAUUUAAACGGAGUUAUGCUCUGCUCACCGAACGAUUGUAAUAUGUAACAUUAUUUUAUACUGUUUCUACGUAUCUUAAUUUUUGUACGAUAUUUAUACACGUUAUAACUGUGUGUAAGAAGAGAAACGAAAAAAAGAAAGUGUGACUA